GACCGUUCGGUCUUUUACGUGUCUCGCGCUGUUGGGACGGCAGGGCCUUCAUCUUUCACAGAAAGAAUUGGCAACUCAACGACAAAAUGCUCGUCUACGUGGAUAUCAUCAGCGGUGAUGAGAUGUUCUCAGAUGCCCUCAAAAUCAUCGACAAAGGGUUCUUAAUAGAAGUUGAAGGAAAGACUGUGACCAGGUCUGAUGUGUUGGAUGAGUCUAAAAUUGGAGCCAACAAGUCUGCUGAGGAAGUCGAAGAGGCCAGUGAGAUGGCAAGUGUUAGUGGGUGUGACAUCAUCCUUAACCAUAAACUUCAGAAGACGGGGUUCGAUAAGAAGCAGUACUCAGUCUACAUUAAGAAUUAUGUCAAGCAGCUAAAGGAAAAGCUUCAGGAGUCCAAUCCAGAUAGAGUGAAUGACUUCAUGAAAGAGGCCCAAGCAGCUGUCUCACAGCUCCUGAAAAACUUCAAAAACUUUGACUUUUACUUGGGAGAAUCUUCGGACCCAGAAGGCAUGGUGGGGCUGCUGGAUUACCGUGAAGAUGGCGUGACACCGUACAUGGUUUUCUUCAAAGAUGGCCUGAGGAUUGAGAAAUUUUAACUUCAUCUACUUUCCAACUGGCUGCUGCUUCCCAAAUGGCCCCAAGAGCAGACCGAGGAGCACUCUUUUGCAUCUUGCCUAAACAGAAUCAUUCUUGUACAAUUUCUCAUAUAUUCACAUUAAGACCUACAGUGUCACUCCCAAGACUGGGUAAGGGACUGAUCAACUGAUUAGUUUUUAAACUUCCUUUUGGCUUUUGAUAUGUUACAUUUACAUCCCUCGGUUGGCCCAGUUUUUGUAACUGAGAUGUAAAGCAGGACAGUGAUCAAAGCUCUGACUCCGAAGUGAAGUAAGAUACCUUUCUUCUGUAAGCGCAUACUGUUUUAGCAACGAUCCAUAUUGGUUGACCUUGCGUUUGUGGUUGCAUUCAACAAAACUCCAUCCUCACUUUGAAGACAUGAUUUGAAAAAUAAAGACCAGCGUACCAUCUA